ACGAGGUUGACUCUGUGUCUGCCGGUACGCGAGUGUGGUGAUAUUUGAUUUAAUUCUAAUAACGAUAUCAAAUGGUUAUUUAAAAAAUGCCAACGAACACUGCAGUGUCGCCCCGAGUUUUCACCGCGAUACAAAAUGUUCAUAUCAAAGAGUUAUCGACAUGCUCUCAGAAAGAAAUAAGACCAAUUCUACCCUGUUUGGUUAGGAUGAGCUUGAUUUCACCCUUGGACAUCACAAAAGAGUGCGCGGAAGGGAGAAAAGAAAUAUUAACAAUAUUAUCCGGAAUCGAGUUGGUUAAUUCCAUCGUGGCUCUACUAUCGAUAGACUUUCACGCGUUAGAAACUGACGUUCGUAAAGAACAACAAUUAAGACAAAAACUUGGAAGUGUUCAAAGCGACAGCAUUCUUGCUCAGUCAUUACAGAGCGGAUUAGCAUUGGAAUUCGAACGCAGUGACUCUACUCGCAGACUACGAUUAGUACUCAGUGAGAUUCUCUUUAUAGCGUCUCAGAUACAAGAGCUCCACAGAAAUCAAGAGUUUCAGAUCAAGCAAUCAGAUUUGUUUGAUAAUGCAGUUUACAUGGAAGAAAUAAGCGAUGUUAUUUGCAUAGCCCUAGCAGAACUCCCUGCUCUAUUGUCGAUUUUAGACAUAGCAGAAACUUUGUUACACGUUAAACAUGGUCCAGAAAUAAUUUGCUGGAUCGUAGCCAACAGUCCAGACAGUUUUGCAGAGGUUUGUGCUCACCUGAUCGCCAAUGGAGAGAGACAAGAAGAAUCUGCCUUAGGUCGAAUUCGCACUCAGGCUUUAACCAUGCUAUGCCAAAUGAAUCCCAGCCAGGCUUUAGCUGUUAGAGCAAAAUGCGUUGAAUUAUGCCGCAUGCCUGCACUUGCCAUAACUCUAAGCCUUGAACAUGAGAAUAUCGAUAACUUACAACCAGAAAGCGACAUGGUUGCUUUCGUGUCUGGAUUGUUGCUUGGAAAUGAUCAGCAAGUAAGAACGUGGAUCGCGAUGUUUGUUAGGAAUGGUCAGAAACGAAAAUGGGAGUCCCAUACUGCUCUGCAAUCUCUUAGAGAAGAACUGCUCAGAAGACUACAGGCAAUUACUUCCCACAGCUCAGACAGUCAGUUGGCUGAGUCUUACGUUGUUCAAGCCAGUGCCUUACUCAGACUUUAUUGCGCGCUAAGAGGAAUCGGCGGGAUAAAAUUCCAGGAUGACGAAGUUGCCAUGAUAGUCCAACUAUUGACCUCUCAUCCCCCACCGUCUCCAGCUGGGGUCAGAUUCGUGUCUUUGGGAUUAUGCAUGCUAAUUGCUUGCCCUUCACUGAUAGGACACAGUAAUCUUGAAAAACGUAGCAUAGAAUGGGUGCAGUGGCUUGUCAGAGAAGAAGUUUACUUCGAAAGUACAAGCGGCGUGUCUGCCAGCUUUGGCGAAAUGUUACUUCUGAUGGCUAUUCAUUUCCACAGCAAUCAGCUAUCCGCUAUUUGCGAGUUGGUCUGCGCUACUUUAGGCAUGAAAAUACCCAUCAGACCAAAUAAUCUCACUAGAAUGAAACAGAUAUUCACACAAGAAAUAUUCACUGAACAGGUUGUCACAUCUCACGCAGUCAAGGUCCCUGUUACAGCAAAUCUGAGCGCAAACAUCCCUGGGUUUUUGCCUGUGCACUGCAUACAUCAGUUGCUAAAAUCGAGAGCUUUUGCCAAACACAAAGUACCAAUUAAAAAUUGGAUUUAUCGUCAAAUAUGUGACAGUGUACCUCCCCUACAUCCUGUCCUACCAGCUCUGGUGGAGGUUUAUGUUAAUUCAAUUUUAGUCACAACCAACAAAACGUCUGAACAUACCAAUAAACCAAUUACAGAAGAUGAAAUUAGAAGAGUAUUCCAGAACAGUGUUUUCGGAGCAAAUUUUGAUCCAAAAAAAUCUGUUUUAAAUAUUGCCGAUAUGGAAAAUGAUUACAUGGAUGUCGACACCUCAAAACCAUCCCUAACGUCGCAACUGUUACUAUUGUAUUAUUUAUUGUUGUACGAGGAUGUGAGAUUAUCAAAUAUGCACAAUUUCAUAUCACAGGGUAAAAAAGUGAAGUCGUAUUCGACCGAGUUCUUGUCUGAGUUGCCCAUAAAAUAUCUCUUGCAACAAGUUCAAAGGGAUCAAAUGAGUUAUGCAGGCUUAUUUUCUCCACUCCUGAGGCUCUUAGCCACACAUUUUCCACAUCUGUCGCUGGUGGAUGACUGGUUGGACGAAGAGAUGAUAAACAUAGACUCUAUGACAGCUAAUUACGACAAUGUUGUAAUUAAUGAUGUAGCAAUUAUCGAGGCAUUUGGACAUAUUGAAACUUGCCCAUCCCGAACGGGAAGAUUACUACGUCAGCUUAUAGACAUGAAGCCUACAGACAUUUGGCCACAUGCGGAGACCAUUAUACACUUCUUCAAAGCAAUAUUGGACAAUAAAGUACCAAGAUAUAUUCAAGAACUGUAUAAACAAGUCUGGUUAAGAUUGAACACUGUAUUACCACGGUGCCUUUGGGUACUAUCGAUCAAUGCGUUAAUCAUUGAAAACACAAUGGUUAGGAAUGUAUUCCUCACACAAGAAAACAUAGUGCUUGAUCCACUGCAAGUUUUGCGAUGCCACACAAGAGUUUUCAGAUGUGCACCUGUCUUAUCAGUUAUUCUGCGUAUUUUGCAAGCAACAUUAGCUGCAUCUCGAUCUCAGUUAUCUAGACAUAUGCAGGACAGACCCUUGACAGAAAAAAUAGGUCAGCUAACAAGCGAAGCUGAAAGAGAGGAUCUACGAACUGCGCUGGUUGCAGGGCAAGAGAGUGCAGCAGUGCAAAUUCUUUUAGAAGCCUGCUUAGAAACAGAAGAAGAUCGUCAAGUGCCUGGUCAAAUGUGGUCUCUAAGGGAAAUACGAAGUGUUGUUUGUUCAUACCUUCAUCAAGUUUUUAUUGCUGAUCCUUCACUAGCAAAACUAGUGCAUUUUCAAGGAUAUCCAAGAGAGCUGUUACCAAUUACUGUUUCCGGUAUUCCCUCUAUGCACAUUUGUCUCGAUUGGAUACCAGAGUUGCUGUCGCAGCCUGAACCAGAAAAGCAAGUAUUUGCUGUUGACCUAGCAUCCCAUUUGGCCGUUCAGUAUGCCCUACCAAAAGCUCUGAGCGUAUCACGGCUAGCUAUUAAUACACUGGCAACUUUAUUAGGAGUAUUGCCAGCUAAAGGUAGAGUGUUGUUAUUCAUGCCUGUUUUACCGGCUCUUACAAGAAUCUGCUUGGCAUUUCCGCCUUUGGCCGAAGAUACAACUGCUUUAUUGUUACAACUUGGACGAGUUAGUGUGGCCCAAGCAGCCCUCGGAGAUAAAUCCGCAGAAAUAUUAUGCCGCGAAGUCAACAAAACGUUUGCUGCCUUGCUGCAAAAAGCAAUUCUCCAAUCGAGAGUAUUCUAAAUUGUACCAUAGAUAUGAAAUGAGUUGUACAUACAUUUUGUAUACAUAUUAUCAUUGAUAAUAUAAAAAUAUAAAUUAAUAUUGAACGGAAGUACCUUUUGUAUUUAUAAAGACAAAUUCAAUUUUAUAUAUUGUGUGUGUGUGUGUGCGCGCGCGUGCGUGCGCACAGUUUAAGCGGUGAAACUUUAUUACAAAAUUCGGAUUGUAUACAAACUACCUCUUCACCGAUAAUAAAACAUCUACUGAAUUGUACAGUUUACUUCCUUGGAUUUUUGAACGUACGUCACCCAGGGGAAUACCUAUUUUUUGUAUGCUUCUGUCCAACAAACUAAUAUAAAAUGGAACAUGUCAAUUAGUACGAUAGGCACAUUUCAUAUAAAACAGAGUGUCGUAUAAAUAUAAGUUUAUUUACAUUGCAACAAAUCCUUUUGUGGAAUAACCGACAAAAGUGAUUACGAGCGUAGACUUGAUCGUAGUUAAUAUUACUAAUAUUGUUUAAAAAUAAUAAUUACAUCCUGCUAGCUGCCACGCCUUUCCUUUAAGUAAUAUACAAUGAAAUUUAUAGCGCUGAAGAGACGUGGAGCUUGUGCUUACUUAUAGGAGCCAGUCGAUGGUCCUUGUGAUUUGGUUUGCGUUCAAUUGCUCAAAAAUAAAUUUA